UCCCAUUUUUUGUUUUUUUUUUCAAUCAAAAGUAGUAUUCCUAAAGAUGGCUGAUGCCUUUGUGUCAUUUGCAGUUCAAAAAUUGAGUGAUUUCCUCAGUAGCCAAGUUUCCCUGAGAACAAAUCUCAGAGAGGAAGUUGAGUGGCUGAUAAAAGAGCUACACAUCAUAAAGUCAUACCUCGGAGAUGCAGAACAAAAGCAAACUGGAGAUAAUAGAGUUCAACAAUGGCUGUUUGAAAUCAACUCUAUUGCUAAUGACGCUGUUGCUAUACUCGAGACUUACAGCUUCGAGGCUGGUAAACAUGCUAGUUGUCUCAAGGCUUGUGCUUGCAUAUGUAGGAAGGAGAAGAAAUUCUACAAUGUGCUCGAGGAGAUUCAAUCACUCAAGCAGCGAAUCAUAGAUGUCUCUGGCAAGCAAGAGAAUUAUGGUAUUACAAAUAUCAAUUAUAAUGCAGGAGAAGGGCCAAGUAAUCAGGUUACAACAUUGAGGAGAACUACCUCACAUGUGGAUGACCAGAAUUACGUUUUUGUUGGACUUCAGGAUGUUGUAGAAAAAUUGCUAGAUGAACUUCUCAGAGCAGAGGCUCGUCCAAGCGUCAUCUCCAUUUGCGGAAUGGGUGGUUUAGGCAAGACCACACUUGCGAGAAACCUCUAUAUCAAUCCUAAUAUAGUCAAUAGCUUCCAUAUGCGUGCUUGGAUAUGUGCUCCUGAAGAGUACAACACCGUGGAUGUCCUCAAGAAUAUCAUAAAAUCCAUCCAAUCUUGCAGCAAGGAAAUUCUAGAUUGGUUGGAAAGGAUGACAGAAAGAGAUUUAGCAAUAUACCUUCGUGCUCUUUUAAAAAAACGCAAAUACCUUGUCGUGGUUGAUGAUCUAUGGCAUAGAGAAGCGUGGGAGAGUUUGAAAAAAGCAUUCCGAGAUGGCAAGAAAGGCAGCAGAGUCAUUAUUACCACGCGCAGAGUGGAUAUCGCUAAAACAGCAGACGAAGGUUUUGUCCAUAAUCUCCGUUUCCUAAGCCAAGACGAAAGUUGGGAUCUCUUUUGUAGGAAACAACUCCAUGUUCAAGCAAUGGUUCCAAAAAUGGAAAGGUUAGCUAGGGAUAUGGUGGAAAAGUGUGGAGGCUUACCUCUUUCAAUUGUUGUAUUGAGCGGACUACUUUCGCAUAAAAGGGGGCUAGACGAAUGGCAAAAGGUGAAAGAUCACCUUUGGGAGAACAUUAUUGAAGAUGAAUGUAUUGAAAUCCCCAACAUAUUAUCAUUAAGCUACAACGAUUUGUCAAUUGCGCUCAAGCAAUGUUUUUUGUACUUUGGUAUUUUUCCAAAAGAUCAAGUGGUCGAGGCUGAAAACAUAAUACGCUUGUGGAUGGCGGAAGGUUUCAUACCAAGAGGAGAAGAAAGAAUGGAGGAUGUCGCUGAAGGCUUCUUGAAUGAGCUGAAAAGACGAAGCUUAGUUCAAGUGGUAGAUACAUUCUGGGAAAAAGUUGAAGUAUGUAGUGUUCAUGAUUUACUUCAUGAUCUUGCGAUCCAUAAGGCAUUGAAGGUAAACUUCUUUGACAUUUAUGAUCCAAUAAACCAUUCCAUAUCCUCUUCAUGUAUCAGACAUGGCAUUCAUAGUCAAGAGAAAAGGUACCUCUCACUUGAUCUUUCUAACUUGAAGUUGAGGUCAAUUAUGUUCUUCAAUCUAGGAUUUCGUAACAUGAGUCAUAUAAACUUCAGUAGUGUGUUCCAACAUGUAUAUGUGUUGUACAUGGAUAUUAUUGAUGGCACUUUACCUGAUGCCGUAGGAAGUUUGUACCACCUCAAGUUCUUAAGAUUGACAGGUGUUAUUCAUGAUUUACCCUCCUCCAUUGGCAGCCUUAAGAAUUUACAAACACUUUGUGUCAAAUGUAAUUUCAAACAGUUCUGCCAACUACCCCCCGAAACAGCUGACCUAAUAAAUUUAAGAUAUUUAGGUGUUCCCUAUUCAGAACCUCUGAAUCGUAUAAGAAAACUCACAAGUCUUCAAGCUCUCGAAGGCGUCUCUUGUGAUCAGUGGAAAGAUGUUGAUCCUGUUGAUUUAGUCAAUCUUCAAGAAUUAAGCAUGAUUAGUAUUACCAAAUCUUACUCCCUCAACAAGAUUAGCAACUUGAAAAACCUUAGCACUCUCAAGUUGUUGUGUUAUGCUGAUGAAUCAUUCCCAUCUCUUGAAUUUCUUAUUUCUUGUCAUAACCUCAAGAAAUUGUUGUUAGAAGGUAGAAUAGAGAAACUGCCUUUGUUUCCAAAUUCCAUCACAAUGCUGACUCUUGUCGACUCAAAACUCAUGGAAGAUCCGAUGUUUAUUUUGGGAAUGUUGCCAAACCUAAGGAAUCUCUGUUUGUUUAGAGCUUAUCAAGGAAAAGAAAUAAUCUGCAGUGAUAACAGUUUUAGUCAACUGAAGUUCCUUAGUCUUGAUUGUCUUUGGAACCUAGAAAGAUGGAAUUUAGCAACAAGUGCCAUGCCUCUGAUCAAAGCUCUUCGUAUCGAUCGCUGUCUAAAGCUGAACCAAAUUCCUGAGAGAAUGAAGGAUGUGGAGCCAUUGCCUAUUGAAGAGAAAUUAAAUGCGCUGAAGCUUUUCAACCAUAUGUGAUGUCUUAUUUCAUAAUACCAAAGGUAAAUAUACAA